CUUAAGUAAAGUCUUGGGUUCGAGUCUUGUGUAUAGAAAAAUAUCUCUGUUGCAAGAGCUAGUCCACCAUAAUGUAAAUGCUCCCGGUUCGAACAUGAUUGUCUUCCGUGAAGAAUACUUUUCUUACACCAAAAUAGAGGACCCUACCAAUUCCUUGAUGGAAGGGCUAAACAAUAUUCUGUUCUUGUGAGGCUUCUAAAGUGCUACUCUGCAUAUUCUGUUUAAUGUUAACCCUAUGAUCAUAGGCUUCUAAGAGAGCUUGAUUAGCUAAAGAACUACACUUUUGUGGGGGAGGUUUGGUUAUAUAGAACCAAAAAUCAUAAAUUGCUAGAAAGAUAAUGGCAGAGAAAAAGAAACAGUUCAAGUCACUAAUGGGAAAAGUGCAAGGUUUUAGCCUUGUGCCUUUUGGUGGCUGCUUUGAUAGCUGCCGUGACCACACUCAAGGCUCUGGAAAUGGGACAAGGAUAUGGAACCUCAGUGAUAGGCCAGUGGAGCUGCAAAUAAGGGUAGGAUCAAUACUGAAGAAGAUCCACACAUUGAAGCCAGGUUCUUCAAAGAGAGUGAAAUGUAAAAGCAUAUACAAGGCAUAUAUGCCUGUAGCUGCAGGUAGUGGCGGCGGCGGUGGUGGCAGGAGCUUGAAGAACUUGUUGUACUACUAUGAUGAAACUUGCCACCCUUAUAUUUGGAUUCAUGACACAGGGUGUCAUUCCUUAAGGAUGGUUAAGCAGCAGUACAUAAGCCUUGAGGAUCUCAGGGAUUCUUCUGAGAUCAGAAUCUUCAGGGAUCAUCAGAGAGGUUCUAUAUCAGUUCGAAAGAGAACAAGGCCAGAUUUGUGCUGAAUUUUGAUUGUGACUUUCUAUCUUGUUUCUGAAGUUUGUUUGUCAUUAGCUGAAAUGGCAUUCUUGUUCCUUGGUUUUUGAUUUCAUUGUGUUUAGUUAUUUUUAUUUUCCUUUUGCUAUGUUGUGUGCCAUACUGCAAAUGAUCAUGUGUUUAAUUGAUGUACUCAGCAUGGUUCUUUUUUCUGUUUGAUACUGUUACUGUUAGUGAAUUGGGGAAUGUUGCAGAUAAA